UAUAUAGUACGUGAAUAUUUUUAAUGUCGGUGUCUUGACAAAUUAGGAAGAACGAGUUGUUGAAAUCAUAAAAUCGAAAACGUCAGAAAAGUUAGUAAAGAUUGAUGAAGAAACUGGAAAAUUUUUGGCAAAGUCCGACCAUUUAUCGACGUUUAUAAAAGAGCAAUUGAAUAAAAACAAGGUUUUAAUAUGCACUGAACUCACGAAUCCAGAUAACAUCUGGAUUAUUUGUGAGGAAUCUAAGAUGAAGGAUGCCGAACAAGAUUUGAGAAAUUUAAUUGCCGAAAAUGAAAUUGACAACGGCGUCUUUAAACCAGUGAUAUCCGCAAAAGUUCGUUUCCUACAAGAACAUCGUUGGGACAAAAUCAUGAACAAAAUGCAGGAAUUGAAAAAUGAAGGAGUUUAUGUUGAAAAAACUGCCGAUGCAAAUUCACUUCGAGUGAAGGGAACUUCAAAAGGAAAAAAGAAAAUGAUAGAAUUUCUUGAUAAGAAGGCAGGGGGAAUUAAUUCAAAGACCUUCCCACUUUCCAAACCGGGAAUGAAGAAACAAAUGAGUUUGGAUGCAACAAAUACCAUCAUUAGUGGAAUUGAAAAAAAUCAUAACUGUGUGAUUGAGAAAAUUAUGGCUCACGAUCUUGACGAAGCCAAAGAUGAUUUCGCUGUUGCUGAGGAUGAUCAUAAGCCGGAUGGGAAAUCAUCAAUGAAUCUUCCAUUCGAUUCUAUGUCUUACGUUAAUGAUAAAGCUGUAAAAAUCACUUCCGGUCAAAGAAUCACCAUAGCUGUUGGUGACAUUGCAAAAGAAAAGGUUGAUGUUAUUGUAAAUAGUACAAAUGAAAAAAUGGAUUUAAAUGCCAAUCCUGUUGGAAAGGCUUUACUUAAAGUUGCCGGGAACGACAUUUUGGAGGAAUGCAAGAAAAUUGGUGAAAUUAAAGUUGGAGGUGUUGUGGUAACUGGAGGUGGAAAACUCAACUGCAAAAGUGUUUAUCAUGUUUGUUUAUCUGAAUGGCAACAGGGCGAUGGAGCCAAGGUUCUCAGGUCUAUAGUAAAGAAUUGUGUCACGAAAAGCGAAAGCCAAAACUUCCAUUCGAUCGCAUUUCCCGCCAUUGGAACUGGAAAUUUAAAAUUCCCACGGUCGGAGGUUGUUAAAAUCUUUUUUGAAGAAGUCGCUUCUUAUUUUACUGUGAAUCCUCAAUCGAAAGUUAAUAAUGUUCGAUUCGUGACGUACGGUGGAGAUAAACAAACCGUUGUUGCAUUCUUAGGUGCUGUGGAAGAGAUGAAGCCUAUUUUAUCAGCAACUAAAACAAAUAUUUCAUCACACGAUUUGGGUUUUCCUGGCCAAUCACAAUCUGCAUUUGUACAAUCCUUUACACCAAGUAGCGCAACAACAAGUGAAAACUCAGACGGUAGCCUAGAGGUAAAGGGGGGGGGGGUCGCCAAGGCUUUGGUCAAAGCUGGUGGUGAUAAAAUCAAAGAGGAAUGCAAAGCCCUUGGAACAGCCCCUCUGUUUUCAACACAGUAUACUGGUGCUGGAAAGUUGUUAGUUAAUCAAAUUGCUCAUGUCAUAGGCCCCGGGAAACCCAGCUAUCAAGAUCUGAAGAAAUGUCUCGACAAUUUUUUCGAUGAUUUGUCAGGAAAAGGCAUUACAGAUGUAUCAUUUUCUGCCAUCGGUGCCGGAGCAAUGGGUUUCUCGGAAAGGGAAUCUGUGACUUUGAUAUUCGAUAAUAUAAGCCGAAUGGCCCUUAGCAAAAAUCCAACUCUGAAUUUGGUUCGCAUCGUGAUAUUUGAGAAGGGAAAGUUUGAUCAAUUUAAAGAUGCAACGAAAAAAUAUUUUUCAUCUGAACCAGAAGCAAGACGCAAUCCAAAAAAAAGUUCUAAAAGUUUUAAAUUUUGUAAAUCAAAGAUUAAGGUAAAGGCUCCUGAAGCGAGUGGUUUGUCAGUCAAGAUAUUUUCCGAUGACAUGAAGUGUGUUGAAAGUGGCUGGUCAGACUUUUUAAAGAGAAUGAAAGAAAAUCUCAAAAAGCAUACCAUUUGUAAUGAAACAAUCAAAAAAUUUGGCGAGAGUGAAAAGAAAAAAAUUUCUGAAGUAGAGCGUAACUUUGAUGUCACUAUUAAGAUAGACUUCACCAAAGGAGAGGCGUGUAUUAAUGGUAAUGUUAAAGAUUUCCCUAAAAUUAACGACGAAUUGGGCAAUAUGUUUAAAGAAAUUGAAGAAAAAGAAAACAGCAAAGUUCCUGACUAUUGGGAAACACCUCCAGACGAUAAUGUAUAUCAUGCCUUCGAACUUCAACCUAAGAGUGAUGAAUAUAUGAAAGUGAAAAACGCAUUUGACAAGACCGCAAGCAACGAAAUAGUGAAGAUUGAAAGAAUACAAAACCAGCGUAUAUAUGAGGUGUAUAAUGUAAAACGUAAGGCUAUGAAAGAAAAAUAUGGCGACGCAGACUUUGCAGAUAAAGAGAAACAACUCUUUCAUGGUACUUCGAAGGAUAAUGUUGAAAAAAUUAAUUCAGGUGGACUGAACAGAAACUUUGCUGGAAAAAAUGCCAUCGCUUAUGGUAAAGGUGUUUAUUUUGCACGAGAUGCCAGCUAUUCCCUUCAGGAAAAAUUUUCUCCAAAAGAUGCAAAUGGAUUACGUUAUGUGUACUACGCUAGAGUUUUGGUUGGUGACUACGCUAAGGGUAAUCCAACCAUGUUGGUUCCACCAUCAAAAAACACCGCAGAUCCAAAUGAAACUUAUGAUUCUGUCGUCGAUGACACCAAAAACCCUUCAAUAUUUGUAAUGUUUAAAGAUUACCAGUAUUAUACUGAAUAUCUUAUUACUUUUAAGUAACUUAAGUCAAUUAUUUUAAGAUGCACGAAAGUUUUCUUCUUUCGAUCAUGUAUUUAUUCAAAAUGUCUCAAUGAACAAUUGCCUGUGAAGUAGGGAUCAUAAUAAAAUGUCCAACAUAAUCGAUCAGUUAUUUUUUAGUAGAAAUGAAAAAUUCAUUGCACCAAAAGCUGUUUAGUAACAGUAAUUAUUGAAUUAUCGUAUUUACGUUUAAUCAAUGCACUUAUCAUAAAGGUUGACUAAGCUGGGAUUUAGUCCCACCAAUAAGUUUCCUGCACAUGAUUUAUUGAUUCUGAUGUAUUUUAGUUCCACUGACUUUGCUCAACGUUUUUUGCCUAUAUUCAAACAUUCACUUAGAGAAGUA